CGCGCGCCGCCCGCCCUCUCCACACUGCGGUACCGGGGCUGAGGUGGGCAGCGGGGCUCCGCCGCCGCCUCCAGCCUCCCCCCACCUCAUCCCCGGUCCCUGUCCCCCCCCCCCCUCCCGGUCCCGGCCGCUGUGGAGCGAUGGGAGGGGAGGAGGAGAUCGUGAAGAUCGCCCGGCGGCUGGACAAGAUGGUGGCCAAGAAGAGCGCGGAUGGUGCAAUGGAUUUACUGAAAGAGCUGAAAGGCAUGCCCAUGACUUUGGACUUGCUGCAGUCCACCCGCAUCGGCAUGUCAGUAAACGCACUGAGAAAGCAGAGCACAGAUGAAGAAGUGAUAGCGCUUGCCAAAUCGCUCAUCAAGUCUUGGAAAAAGCUUCUAGAUGCUUCUGAGGAGAAGAGUGAGGAGAAAAAGAAAAACCUGUCCUUGCCAACUUCUUCCUCAAAGGACACUGGUAAUUCAAAAGACCAAAGCUCCAACAAAAGGCAGGAGCCUCCGAAGACCCCGACCACUCCCAAAAUCACCACCUUCCCUCCGGCGCCCGUCACCUGCGAUGCUGUCCGCAACAAAUGCAGGGAGAUGCUGACAACGGCUCUACAGGCUGACGAUGACUACGUUGCCAUCGGCGCUGACUGCGAGCACAUAGCAGCCCAGAUUGAAGAAUGCAUAUACCAGGACAUCAAGAACACUGACAUGAAGUACAAAAACCGCGUAAGGAGCCGCAUCUCCAAUCUGAAGGACUCCAAAAAUCCUGAGCUGAAAAAGAACGUGCUGUGCGGGGCCAUCACCCCCGAGCAGAUUGCAGUGAUGACCUCGGAGGAAAUGGCCAGUAACGAGCUGAAAGAGAUCAGGAAAGCCAUGACGAAAGAAGCGAUCCGGGAGCAUCAGAUGGCCAAGACAGGAGGGACGCAGACCGACCUCUUCACCUGUGGGAAGUGCAAGAAGAAGAACUGCACCUACACCCAGGUGCAGACCCGCAGCUCCGACGAGCCCAUGACCACCUUCGUCGUGUGCAACGAGUGUGGGAAUCGCUGGAAGUUCUGCUGAUAUGUGCCAUGGCCCGCGAGCGGCAGCCAAACGAGAGCGCAACCUCCAUCCGCCAGCUCCCACGGCAAUUGUGUUUUGUGUCCCGAGUGAGUUUGCAUUGUCACGCGCUGCGAGCAGCCGCGGGGAGGCCUGCCUGCCUCUCUGCUCGGGCCGUGCUGGAAAAAAGCCGCUCUUGUGGGCUGACGGCGUGGCAGGAGAAGCUCACUAAACACACUUAGCUGUUAUUUUCUCAUCUUUAAGCGAGUCCGGUCACGUUUUCUUCAAAAACUAAUAUUAAACAUUUGUCAGUUUCUGACUUUUUUUAUUUCAA